CACGCGCUUUCCGGCGGCCGCUCGUUCCCAUGCAGCCUCUGCCCGCCUGGCUCCCACCGGGCAGAAAUCCUCCUCCUUCGUUCCCCUGUCCCCGCAGGACAACAGCCACUGCCCUGCAGAGCUGCGGGGACAGCAUGCAGGCGGCGCUCGCUUUCGGGAGGCACGGUAGGGAAGCGUUAAAACCCGGGGGAAGAGAAGAGACUGGAAGCUGAAAGUCUCGGAGAGGCUUAGGCUUUUCUUCUUUCCACAGCUCUCUUGGAGGAGAGUAUCUCUUUUAACAGCCAAUUUCAAAGCCAGAAUUACCUGCUCCUUCUUAGAUAGGAAAGGAGGAGGUUAUCUCCCAGCUAAGAAUUAGCUCCCCAAGGAGCAAACACGUCCCGGGAGACCUGCGGCACGCACCCGUUGCGCCUAUGCCUACAAGUGCCUAUACAGUUAUCACAUCGCAUCCCACGUGCCUUCUGCGUCUAAAUCAGCUAUCGUGCUACACCAGUUUGGAGCUGCUAGAAGGGCACUAUGAUAUUGUGCUUCUGCCACAGUGCCAGGAGACGGGGAAGGCUGGAAACCCUCUCUCAAGCCCUCUGUUUAGUAGAGCAGCACAGACAGAACAUCCACGAGCAAGGAGCCCUCCGGAUACCUUUAGGUGCAAGACAAGGUUUCAGUGUGCCUGGGGGUUCCUAUGUGCCCCGUCUCAGGGAGGCUGCUGCCAGAAAUCUGUCGCGGACAGUGGCACCGUGCCGGCAGCACUCGUGGUUGCGCGCGGGAGGCAGAGGUGGCACCUCCCCACUCCCCUCCACGCCCCGCUGCGGAGGGCGAGGAUGCAUAAAACGACGUCAUCAGUGCCCGGUGGAACAGGGUCUAAGGACAGCUUCGGGUACGGGCGAGCGGGGCUGGGAGGAAGCGUCCGGCCAUUACCCGAAGAGCGCUGUCAGCAGGAGCAGGCUGCAAACUCUGCUUCACGGGAUCGCUGAAGGCUCCUCACCAAGAGCAUCUUUUCGCUACACAUCAAGGAACCUCAGCGGGCAGUCGAUGCUGAGGAACCGCUUCCAGGUAGGCUUACGGAAGAACUAUACCCUCUUGGCAAACGAGCAAAGCCCGCAACAACAGCCGCGCCGGCAGGGAAGCACGUGGGACCCCCACAGGACGGCAGGGAGAUCACGUCCCAGCGGCUCGCAGACCGAUACCGGCUCGCAGCACCGGACACGGCAGGGAGCAGCUAAAGCGAGCCGUGGCGGGGCAGCCGGCUGGCACUCGUUCCUCCUCCGAGCCCAAACCCGCCGAGGAGCCCAGCCACGAUCCACCGCAGCCGGCCGGGAGCCGGCGGGCAGCAGCGCUCACUAGCGGCCGCUGCCGACCCGGUUCCAGCAGGGCUUUCGGGCUGGAGCUCCGAGUUAACGGGAGAGACUCUCCCCGACUUGCGCCUUUCUGUUCUCCUCACAACCGCCCCGCUUGCCACCCAAGUUUUCAUAUAAUCUAACGCACUGCUUCCUAAGGACGAAGCAGUCGGCACUUCUUAUUCAUACUGAAAAGACGAAGUAAAUGACAAGUGCUCAGUUGGUAUGCUAAGCAGUUACACAAAGUUUCAAAAAGACUCAAGAAACAGACGCUAAAAGUGCUUGCACUCAAACAAAUGUUCCUCAAAAAGAAUUCCAAAGGUAUAUUAAGUUUGUAUCAUUUCAUACCGACACAUAUAUACAACGUAUCUAAUUCAAUGUUAAAUAAACACAGUAUUUGGCAGAUUUUUCAAAGCAGAGAGUUUACAGCAGAUUUCCUUCAACAACUAUUCUCACUGAGAACAACUACAAAUAAAGAUCCCACUAAUGAUUUUCCCAAAAGCCUUUCUAGUCUAUCAGGGCAAUGCUGGCACGCCUCCUUCUCAUAGAGUACCUGUAAUAGUACAAUAAGCAAGAAGUCGGAACGCAUCUGUCGAUCGCUCAAUAGAACUCUAUUUCACUAUCAACAGAAGCAAAAUGAACAAAAAGGUUUUAUUUAACAUAUAAGUGCAUAGAGAAUUUGGAAAGAGGUACUAUAAAAUCUAGAUUACGACCUUUAAAAAACAAAAGCAGCAAAACAACAUUUAAGAUCUUCAUAUCUACAUGUUGGAGCGUUUCAUAUGUUACUCUAAGUCUCAACACCUUUUGUCAGAUUAUUAAAGUCAUAUUUAAAAGAAGCAACUAAAAAACCAAUACAAAAGCAGAGAUUAAGUCUCUAGUCAGCUGUGGAAGGUGCACUGGACAGCUGAAUUGUAAGCAAUCAGAGGAAAUAAAAACACCUGAGAUUUUGAAAUCACAGUAAUUCAGUUUAAAAACACACAAUAUGGCAUUAAACAUUACUAAUUAAGGUCUUAUAAACCUAGAAGUUACAUAAAAAGAAAUGCACAUUUGCAAUUGAACAAGCUAUCAUUUUUCACAACUACAAGCCUCUGCAUUUCUUACAUCAACUCAUAACUUCUGUAUGGUGAUGGUAAUAGACUUUUCCUAAGAUGUGCUUCAACCAGGCUUAUUCAAGAGUCUGUCAGCACAACUUCUGCAGUGGGAACUGAAACAAAAAAAAGUGGCACACAGACCAAGAUGAGCCACACAGACCUACCUUUCCUCAGCUAAACCAGUAUUCCACAAGCACGCCAGCAAACACUAAACUAAAAGUGGUUUAGGCAUAAAGUGUUUAGCUCUCUGUUAAAGAGAACUAAAGAACUCA